AAUAUCGACAAUAGUUGGCAACCCUGGCUGCGUUUUGUUGUUUUUCUUCUCUGACCGGCACAAAUUGUUUAUAUCCUUAAAAACACCCACACCAGACACCAAGCACGGAACAUAAUGGCCAGCAACGAACCCGGUGGCGGUAACCUUAUGGACGAGUUCGAGGAGGCUUUCCAGUCGUGCCUGCUGUCGCUAACCAAGCAGGAACCGAACUCCGGGACAAACAAGGAGGAAAUCGAGCUGGAGGUGCAGAAGACCACCAAUCGGUUCAUCGACGUCGCCCGCCAAAUGGAGGCCUUCUUCCUGCAAAAGCGCUUCCUUGUCUCCACGUUGAAACCCUACAUGCUAAUCAAGGACGAGAACCAGGACCUGAGCAUCGAAAUUCAACGCAAGGAGGCUCUGCUCCAAAAACACUACAACCGCCUGGAGGAGUGGAAGGCCUGCCUCUCCGACAUCCAGCAGGGCGUGCACAGUCGGCCCACUCCGCCCAUUGGGGCUGGCAUGUUACAGGGCCCCGGCGGUGGAAUGUCACCAAUGGGUGGCGGCCCGCCUAGGCCGGGAAUGAUGCCAGGAAUGCCGCCUGGCGGAAUGCCACCGGUCGGUGCCAUGCAACCAAGUCCACAGCACAUGCUGCAGGCCCAGCAGAUGCAGCAGCUCCGCAUGAUGGGUAAGCUGCCGCCCAAAUAAGGAGGGGAUUCUUCAUUUUUAGCUUGUAACUUUUGCUUUAGACCUCGGCAUAUAGUGUCUACGUGUAUCUUUUGUGUAGUUCAAAUAAACAGAUUAUAUAUACGAUAAA